CGCCUGGGUGCAUGCAGCCGGUUCUCCCGCCUUCAUUUCCCAUCGUGCUGAGGCGGGUGGCAUGGCGGAGAAGGAUGACACCGGAUUUUGACGAAGAGGUGGUAUUUGAGAAUUCUCCACUUUACCAGUACUUACAGGAUCUGGGACACACAGACUUCGAAGUAUGUUCUUCUCUGUCACCAAAACCAGAAAAAUGCACAGUGACAGAGGGACAACAAAAGCCUCCUGCAAGAGCCCUGCCAAAACGAGGCAUCCUGUUAAAAGUGGCUGAAACCAUCAAAAGUUGGAUUUUGGUUCAGUGCAGUAAGAAUGAUGACUUACUUCACAAGUUGGGUUUCAUCUUCAUAGGUGUGUUGAAAAGGUCAAUGAAGUGUCUUAUCAUCUACGUAGACAUCAUCUCUAGCCAGAUGGAGCCAUCCUCAUUCUUCAGUGAUACUAGGACUGUGGAUAUUGGAUUCCGACUCGACUCACUACAUACCAUCCUGCAACAGGAAGUCCUGUUACAAGAGGAUGUGGAACUGAUUGAGCUACUUGAUCCCAGUGUCCUGUCUGCAGGGCAACCUCAACAACAGGAAAAUGGACACCUUCCAACACUUUGCUCCCUGGCGACCCCUAAUAUUUGGGAUGUCUCAGUGCUAUUUGCCUUCAUUAGUUUGCUCAUUAUGCUUCCCACUUGGUGGAUUGUAUCUUCCUGGAUGCUAUGGGGAGUGAUUCUAUUUGUUUAUCUGAUCAUAAGAGCUUUGAGAUUAUGGAGGACAGCAAAACUACAAAUAACCCUAAAAAAAUACAAUGUCCAUUUGGAAGAUAUAGCAACAAAUAGCCGAGGUUUUACUAACCUCGUGAGAAAAGCUUUACGUCUCAUUCAAGAAACUGAAGUCAUUUCCAGAGGAUUUACACUUUUGCUUGACAGGGUCAGUGCUGCUUGCCCAUUUAAUAAAGCUGGACAGCAUCCCAGUCAGCAUCUCAUCGGUCUUCGGAAAGCUGUCUACAGAACUGUAAGAGCCAACUUUCAAGCAGCAAGGCUAGCUACCCUAUAUAUGCUGAAAAACUACCCCCUGAACUCUGAGAGUGACAAUGUAACCAACUACAUCUGUGUGGUGCCUUUUAAGGAGCUGGGCCUUGGACUUAGUGAAGAGCAGAUUUCAGAAGAGGAAGCACAUAACCUUACAGAUGGCUUCAGCCUGCCUGCAUUGAAGGUUUUGUUCCAACUCUGGGUGGCACAGAGUUCAGAGUUCUUCAGGCGGUUAGCCCUGUUACUUUCUACGGCUAAUUCACCUCCUGGGCCCUUACUUACUCCAGCACUUUUGCCUCAUCAUAUUUUAUCUGAUGUGACUCAAGGUCUACCUCAUGCUCAUUCUGCCUGUUUGGAAGAGCUUAAGCGCAGCUAUGAGUUCUAUCGGUACUUUGAAACUCAGCACCAGUCAGUACCCCAGCGUUUAUCCAAAACUCAGCAGAAGUCAAGAGAACUGAAUCAUGUUCACACAGCAGUACGCAGCUUGCAGCUCCAUCUGAAAGCAUUACUGAAUGAGGUAAUAAUUUUUGAAGAUGAACUUGAAAAGCUUGUUUGUACUAGAGAAACACAAGAACUAGUGUCAGAAGCUUAUCAAAUCCUAGAACAGAAAUUAAAGUUGAUUCAACCCCAUGUUCAAGCGAGCAACAGUUGCUGGGAAGAGGCCAUUUCUCAAGUGGACAAGUUGCUACGAAGAAAUACAGAUAAAAAAGGCAAACCUGAAAUGGCAUGUGAAAACCCACACUGUACUGUGGUACCUUUGAUGCAGCCUCCUCUACACAUUGCAGACAAGGAUCCAAUCCCUGAGGAGCAGGAGUUAGAAGCUUAUGUAGAUGAUAUUGAUAUGGACAGUGAUUUCAGAAAGGAUGAUUUUUAUUACUUGUCUCAAGAAGACAGAGAGAGACAGGAGCGUGAGCAUGAAGAAUCCAAGAGGGUACUCCAAGAACUAAAAGCUGUGCUGGGAUUUAAAGCAUCAGAGGCAGAAAGGCAGAAGUGGAAGCAACUUCUAUUUAGUGAUCAUGCUGUGUUGAAAUCCUUGUGUCCUGUAGACCCAGUGGAACCCAUAAGUAAUUCAGAACCAUCAGUGGAUUCACAUAUGGGGAAAGUUUGUAAAAAUGAUACUGAAGAGGAAAAUAAUAAACCCUCUACAACCGACAAUGAAAUAAGUAAUAGGACUGAGUAUUUAUGUGAAUACCCUCUAGAUGGUAAAAAUAAAGACAAUUCUGCAAAUGAAGUCUUCCUCCAAGGAGCUGAAGAAAGAGUGUAUUACCAAUGUGAGAGCGAAGAUGAGUCCCAGCAGUCUGAUGCAGGUGGCCUGGCCCCUGCCCACCCAACCCACGGGGCCUCAUCGCAGCCCUCCAUCAAGCAGAGGCUGGCACAGCUACAGCUGUCACCGGAUUUUACCUUCACUGCUGGCCUCGCUGCAGAAGUGGCUGCUAGAUCUCUCUCCUUUACUACCAUGCAGGAACAGACUUUUGGUGAUGAGGAGGAAGAACAAAUAAUGCAAGAAAAUGAAAAUGAGGUAGAAGAAAAGUAAGAACCAAGAUUUACAUUAAGGAUUUUCAAUUGUUCUUUUUUGUGAAAGUGUUUUAACUUCAAGACUAGAUAUUCCACUGGAAAGGGAAAAUGAGUGUAAGUUUACUAUAUUUAAAGCUAAGAUGUGAAUUUACAGGAAGAACCCUGGUUUGAACAACUGAUCUGAAAAUAGUAGUUUACCUGUAAAUGGCAGAUCUUUUAGGAAAAUAAGAGAAAGGUAAGGGCUCUUUUGAAUAAACUGCUAUUUUAUUUUCAGCAUAACUGAUUGAUCUUGGAAAUUCUUUAAGUAUCUUUAAUAACAAAUGAAUUUAUCAUUUCUUGCCAGAAUUUACUGCCAUAAAAUGACUGGGGUAAUUCUGUUGCAAGAACAUUAACAUUUAGUAUGGCUCCUUUUUACUGUAUUCUUGCAGUUAAUGACUGCAGCUAUCAUGUCAGUAACAAGUUGUUUGUAUUUUAUUUUUGUUUAUACCAGUCUUAAAACAAAGAUACACGUUCUGAAUAAAAAGAAAAUUGAAU